AAGUGCCCAUUUUUCCACACUAUAUGGUCCUAACACAAACAAUUACUAGGAGGUUUCCGAGUAACGCAAGUCUUUCCUACGGGUAAUUUGUGGUGGACAGUGACAUGCCGGUAAAGCCCUACCGUUGACCCAAAAUGAGAAAUUUUAUCUUGCCUUUCCCUGCUGCUCAAACCAACGGAGACUAUUCAGUUUCAAUUUUCAAGGAGAAACAGAAGGAUUUUCUAGUUAUUAGAGGCAUGUCUGUCAAGCUUUUGGCUUUUGUUUUGCUAUUAAUACUGUCAUCAAAUUGUAGUGGAAUAAGAGACGGAAAAGAUCAGAAAGAUACGAAGGAUGAUUCACGUAUGAUGCGUUGUAACACAGCCACAGAUGCACAUCAAAUCCAAUUACAAUUCCACCGUUCGCCUGGGAAUGUUACACCCAUAGAUCUCGAGGAUCAUUAUCAAAAUUAUGUGGCCAUCAGAAAUCUGACUUCACACAGGUUACCAAUUCUAUGUACCGUCACAAGUUAUGAAAAUGCAUUCGUUGUGGAAAUCAAUACGUUUACCAAGAGAGCCAAGGCCAACGUACUUUGUGCGCUUCCUGCAAAAGAUAAAGCAACAAUGGGAAACGAAUCUUCGACGAGUUACAUGUCUCGUCAUAUGUACGAAAUUGCUCGCGAAAUUGCUAGUCUAAUCGGCAACUACCUGUGGAUGAAGCCUGAGACAUCUGUCUACGAGGAAUAUGAUAGAAUUAGUGAUUUAGACAUAGUCACUUUCAACUUGAACAGCCGCAAUCCAACGCCGAAUACAGGUGGGAUCAUUCAAAUGGCUGCAACUUUAUCGUUUUCGACAUCCAAGCCAGUUCACUAUUAUACAGAGAUAAGCAUUGCCGUACUAGUAAGAUCAAUUCCCAUGCAGUUUCUUAACAUAAGCCAGGACGAGAAGAACCAUAAUGAAGCACACAUAACAGGGUUUUGGAUUGAUCUUUUUAAAGAAGCUAUUGCAGUGAUGCCAAUCAAUACCACUUAUAAACUGGUUCCUUUCUACGGUUCUGAUGAUCAAUUGUUUAUGGCACUUGCUCGCAGGGUUAGUUUGUGACUUUGUUCCUUCUAUUUCCUACAAAUUAUCAAACAUCAGUUGACUGACCGAAAUUUCCAAAUGUUUUUUAUGUAUUGAAGACUUUUGACGCAGCCAUUGGCUUAGCAGUAAUGACCAAAAAAGGGUCCGAGCUCAUAGAAUUCUCAUAUCCGUAUUUCGAAGUAGGCCCAAUGCUAGUGAUGAAGGAAAAACCUGAACCAAACCAAGUUUUUUCUUUCAUGAUGCCUUUCACCAAUGAGAUGUGGUGUACUUUGGCAGCUGUGACGAUGUUCAAUGCUUUUGUUAUUUGGUUAGUUGAGUCUAGAACUGGUCAUGAAUCUGUUGGAGCUAUCUUCUGGUUCCCUUUGGCGACCCUCUUCUAUGGAGGGCAUAGUAAGAUUUAUGUUAACUUCAAGCAUUUCACCUUAUUGUUGAGCAUGUUCUAUGUCGACAACAUGAAUAUUUUGUAAUGUAGGGGAAUUACCGAUGAACAACUUAACA